AUCUGCAUCUCACUCGUCCAACUCCCACCCACCACCUCAUCUUCCUCGCCUCCCCGCACGCACCGCACCGAUUCCCCUCGCCUCCUCCCUCCUCCCUCCUCCGGCCCUUGCCACCCGUUUCCAUCCCCAUCCGCCGCGAUGGCCUCCCACCUCGCCGUCGCCGUGUCCGCGCCCGUCUCGUCGCCUCCGGUUGUAUCCGGCCUCGCCCCGCGCCGCCUCGCCCUCCGCGGUCUCCCGCCGCGCCGCCUCGCCCUGCGCGCCCGGCCCCGCUCCCGCGGCGCGUCCUUCGUGUGCCAGGCCCAGGGUGGCCAGGACACCUCCAUCCAAGUUCCUGAUGUGAGUAAAUCUACAUGGCAAUCACUUGUUGUGGAGAGCGAGCUUCCUGUCCUCGUUGAGUUCUGGGCUACGUGGUGCGGACCGUGCAAAAUGAUAGAUCCCAUUGUCGGCAAGCUUUCAAAGGAGUAUGAAGGGAAGCUGAAAUGCUACAAGCUCAACACCGACGACAGCCCUGACAUUGCAACCCAAUUCGGCAUCCGGAGCAUCCCCACCAUGAUGAUAUUCAAGAACGGUGAGAAGAAGGAUGCGAUCAUUGGAGCUGUGCCGGAGAGCACCCUGGUCACCUGCAUCGAGAAGCAUGUUGGGAGGUGAAAUCUCAAAUUGAGCCAGCUGGUCUUGAACUUCAAUUUGUAGAUGGAUGGGUAUACCGUUGUCAUUGAUCUCCCAUUAAAUAAUAUGUAGCUGUAUGUAGAUAAUAUGAUAUAGCUUCCAAUAAAUGCAAUUCAAGAUAAAUGCAAUUCAAGGAUGAUAGGGCUUCUAGAUGAAAGGUGGAGUACAAAGGUCGCUUCUAGUCUAGCUCUACUUUCCAGUUUUCAUUCAUUGUGUUGCCUUGAUAUAUGUAGAUCUGCUAAAUCAUAUUCGACUCUUAUCAUCAUGGUGUGAUUGUGUUGGACUUA